CUCCUUGGAGCCCGAAGAAGAGUGUCGCUGCUCAUAUAUGGCUGUGGCUUCCUGCAGGAGCGCGCGGCGUUUAUUAUGGUGUGGCGCGUGUGGCAGCGGGGUCCCGCGCGCCUGGUUCGCCUCGGGACCCGGAUUAGGUUGUGCGGGAUGGCGGUUGUUUCUGCGGGACGCUUCAGCACCGAGACGGCCCGGGACGUGUUAGCGGCGGACUACCAGGAUGCCAUAUGCACCCUGAACACGCUACAGACUGAUGUCAGUGUCCUGCAGGCGAUUCGACAAGAGCCACGUAACCUGGAGCUCCAGUUACAGGCGAUGGUGCAAUACCUUGGGAGAGUUGGACUCACAUUGGAGGAAGUGGAUCGUCUCAGUAUCAUUCAUGUGACAGGAACAAAGGGCAAGGGAUCAACAUGUGCGUUCACCGAGACGAUUCUGCGAGGUUAUGGUUUCCGCACAGGAUUUUACAGCUCCCCACAUUUGGUCCAAGUCAGGGAGAGGAUUCGAAUAAACGGGCAGCCUAUCAGGAAAGAUCUCUUCACAAAGUAUUUCUGGCAGGUUUACGGACUGCUGGAUAAAACUAAGGAUGCCCAUGGGGGGGUGAUGCCACCUUACUUCCGUUUUCUGACCACCUUGGCCUUCCACGUGUUUCUUCAGGAGAAGGUGGAUUUGGCCAUCAUUGAAGUCGGGAUAGGCGGAACCUACGACUGCACUAAUAUAAUACGGAGGCCAUGGGUGUGUGGAAUCUCCUCACUGGGCAUUGACCACACUCACAUACUCGGAGACACUAUUGAAAAAAUUGCCUGGCAAAAAGGGGGCAUCUUUAAGCCCGGCGUUCCCGCCUUCACCGUCAAACAGCCGGUGGAGGCCAUGGCUGUGCUCAGGGACAGGGCCAAAGAGUUGAGAUGUCCCCUGUGGGUGUGUCCAGAGCUGGAAGAGUAUCGAACAGAUUUUGGACCGCUGCAUCUUGGCUUAGCAGGGCAGUAUCAGCACCCAAACGCCUCCCUCGCCCUGCAGCUUAGUCACACUUGGCUCCAGAAAAGAUGUAUGCCAGAUAUGACUGUUUCCACUGGCACUGAGGGUUCAGAUUUACCGCAGGCCACAUGCUUCACACCGAGCCCAGUCAUGGUGAAGGGUCUAGCAGAAACGGAGUGGCCUGGAAGGAGUCAGACCAUGAAACACGGAGCGGUCAUGUACUUCCUGGAUGGAGCUCAUACCAUGCGCAGUAUGCAGGCCUGUGUGCAUUGGUUCAAAGAAACUGCAGCACAGCAUGAAAGAAACACGAGUGGUCCUGUGGCCAGAGUUUUGCUCUUCAAUACAUCAGGAGAGAGGGAUUCUGCAGCCAUGCUUAAAUUGCUUGUGCCGUGCCAUUUUGACUUUGCUGUGUUCUGCCCAAACAUCACUGACACUGUUCCCUCUUCUAGUGCAGACCAGCAGAACUUCAACGUUUCUGUGGAGGACAUGUUGACUCGCUGCUUGGACAAUGAGAGGAGUUGGCGUCUCCACAGCUGUAAGAAAGAUGACGUCUGCAAACAGCUACUCAUUCAGGGCAGCGUCCCCCUGGUGGCUGAAAAGAAAGCGGACCCUCUGGUCUUCCCAUGUAUCCUCAGCGCCCUCCAGUGGAUCACCCAGGGAAGGGAUUCCAUGCUGGCAGAGGCAGCCAAGAGCGUGUCCCCAGUGAAAGCUAGCAUUGAGGCUAAAGCUGCUCCGCUCCGCGAGGCAGCCGAGAUUCACGUCCUCGUCACUGGGAGCCUCCACCUGGUGGGAGGAGUCCUCAAACACAUCGACCCCUCCUACUCUGACUAGCCGGGCCGAAAAUGUGCAGCCAAUAACAUGAGUUCUCUGCCGAGGCGGAAUGUGUGGAGGUGUGGACGAUCUCCCAGUCUGAAGGAGGAUGGGCUGCAGCCACUUAUUUUAUUUUAAUCUUUGCCUUCUUUUCGUGGUUGAAGCUCAGAGCCGACGAGCUUUUGUCAACACAACUUUCUAGCCUUGAAGAACCCGGUUCACCCAGAGCCUUAGGAUGAGCGUGCACACGGAUCCAGCUCACGUUUUUUACUUGAAGAAAAAUGUCUCCACAUGAUCAACACACGUUCCAGUGCAUCUGGGCUCACGUGCGGUUUGUGGCCGAGCCAGCGUGCUGUUUUAAAAAAAAAAAAAAAACUGCAGGUAGAAAUUAACCUAAAAAGCUCCACCUGCACUUCAGUAAACUUAUUUUAUUUCUUUCAAAACAUUUGAUUAUUGUAAACUUUUCACAUUUUUAAAUGAAACCAUCUUGAAUAAUUGACUUUAGAAAGCUCUGAGGAGGGUGGAGGUCAUGUAUCCGUUAGCAGAUGGUAAAACUGGACUCAACAUGAGAAGAAGUCAUGUGGAGGUGCUCUGGUCCAAUGAAGGGUUUGGUGAUAGUCUUGGUUUUCUGCUUCAGUGUCUCUCGCCUUGUAGUUUUUUUCCUUUUGUCUCACUGACUACAUGAUGUCAUAAGAAUGAUUCUUGUGAUGUCAUCAUGACAUCUUGUAGUCCUGGUGGGGACAAACAUCUCAGUUUGUGGGUGUAAAAGUUUUAUCUGUAUUUAAUCAUUUCUUGGUUUACUCAACUGUUAAUCUGUUGCCCAAACAAACCACUGGGGGGCGCUCUGGUAUCGUAAGGCUCAAAGUACUUAUGUGAUGUUAUAAAGUUCUGCCUGUUUAUAGGAAAAUGAUACCAGGGGUAUGAUGUGCCCCGGUAUCCUGAACAUACUGAAUGUGGAACUCAGUGGUGUUCAGAUUCCAGCACAACUCAACAAUUUAUAAUGAAAUGUCUGUUUAAUUCUGUAUAAUUGAGUUUACAUUGGAAUUACGGUUAUUUAUGGAGUGCCUUUAAUUUUAAAAAUAAAACUGACUGUUUUAAA